GAGAAAAACUCAGGAACGUUUCGUUGCGUCUCAAAGUCACAUCGGAUCCAUCACAUAACGUUUUCGCCAACGUUAAUCUCUCCUUUUUGUUCAUCCAUUUGUCGAGUUUGUUUUUGGGUAAUUUUGAUUCAGAACGCAAAGCGGUAAUGGAGAAUUCUCUCGUCAAUGAUCUCUCCCAGAUCCUCCCUCGCGUUCUCGUCGUCUCUAGACGCACCGUCCGCAAGAACAAAUUCGUCGAUUUCGUUGGCGAGUAUCAUCUUGAUCUCAUAGUCCGGUACGGUGCCGUGCCGGUGAUUGUUCCACGGGUAAGUGGUGUCCACAUGUUGCUGGAGAGCUUCAAGCCCAUCCAUGGAGUCCUCCUCUGCGAAGGAGAAGACAUUGACCCUUCUCUUUACGAGUCCGAGAUAUCGUCUCUUUCGCCGGAAGAACUCGAAGAGAUCCGUAAAACACACUCGAGCGACACAGCCAUUGACAAGGAGAAAGACUCUAUCGAGCUAAGGCUUGCCAAGCUCUGUCUCGAACAGAACAUUCCUUACUUGGGAAUCUGCAGAGGGUCACAGAUCCUAAACGUUGCUUGUGGUGGAACCCUUUACUUGGACUUGGAGAAAGAGCUUACGAACAAGCUUCCCCAUGAACGUAGAACCAAACAUAUCGAUUACGAAAACUAUGAUGGGUAUAGACAUGUUGUCCGAAUCGUAGAGAACAGUCCUCUGCAUACAUGGUUCAAAGAUUCCUUUGAUGGUGAAAAGAUGGAGAUUUUGGUCAAUAGUUAUCACCAUCAAGGUGUCAAGAGACUGGCUCAGAGGUUUGUGCCUAUGGCAUUUGCUCCCGAUGGAUUGAUCGAAGGGUUUUAUGAUCCCGAUGCUUACGACCCAGAAGAGGGCAAGUUCAUCAUGGGAUUGCAGUUUCAUCCAGAGAGAAUGAGACAACAAGAUGUGGAUGAGUUCGAUUACCCUGGUUGUCCUGCUGCAUAUCAGGAAUUUGCGAAAGCCGUGAUCGCGUAUCAGAAGAAGCUGAAUAGUUCGUUGUCUGUGCCAAAGCCGCUGAAACUUGAUCUAGCAAUGGAGAACAAAAGAAAGAUUCUAGUUCAGAGUUUUUCGCUUGCAAAGUACAUGUACACCAAAGGGUCGGAGAAGAACCCAUCCAAAGAGUCAGAACUGGAAGUUGGCGCCGAAUUUCUCGAGUAUAACACGGCUCUGAGCAAGGAGCAAGAGACGAGGCUGAAGGAGAUGGGGGCGACGGUAAGGAAUGGAGGGUCGUACAUGAGGAAGAAGAAGCUGGACGAGGAGAGGCAGAGGAUGGCGAGGAACAUAAUGAGCAAAAUGACUGUGGAGAGGCUAUCAGAGCUCAUGGCUUUCUACCACUUGAUGGGCAAUCUCUGUGGUGAGGUCUUGGAGAGAAAGCUCCAUGACAUUGUCAAUGAUGUUAGCUCUUAAUUACAUUGUGAAAAGAUGAUUCUAGUGAUUAAUUUUAUGAUGAUGGUGAUGGUGAUGAUGUGAUGGGUGUUUAGGGUUUUUUGUGUAAGAAAGGUGUCAUUUAUGGGCAAUUGCCAAAAAAGUUGGUUAAUUGGAAUAAGAUAUGGAAUUCUGUAGA